CUCGGAAAGGAGAUGAUGAAAUCAGCCGAGGAGGACGCGUACGGCUACACGCCCAACGUCAGCCUCUCCCUCCCGCUGGGCAACCAUCGCCUGGCCCCGCAGUACCUGAGCCUCCAGUCCAGCCCCGUCAUCUCGGUCUCGGAGGCCCCCGUCUUCGACGGCCGGGACGACCUGAGCGCCGCCGGCUACUACUCCGUCCGUCCGAACGGGGCGCCCGCCCUGGAGAGCCCCCGCAUCGAGAUCACGGCCUACGGUCAGUUCCCCGAAGACGCGGCGGAGCAGGACAGCCGUCCGGCGGCCAAGCGCGUCAACUCCGUCGUCACGUUGACGCUCCCCAGCGCCGACGGUUACCGGGACCCCAGCUGCCUGAGUCCCGCCAGCAGCGUCUCGUCCCGCAGUUGCCAGUCGGAGGCGUCGUCCUACGAGUCGGGCUUCUCGUACAACUGCGACCAAUCGCCGCAGAACUCCCCCUGGCAGUCGCCCUCGGUCUCCCCUAAGGGUUCCACCCUGGCCCUGCCGGGCGGUUCCCCGAGACAGUCCCCCGCAACGUCACCCCGCACAAGCGUGACGGAUGACCCCUUCGUCGGCCGGGGAGGCUCCAGGCCCAACUCCCCUUGCGGCGCAAAGAGGAAGUACAGCUUCAACGGCGGCGGGGCGGCGCACAAGCACUACCAGCCCUCGCCCAACCGCUCGCUCGGCCCGUCACCCCAAACCUCGCCCCGCCUCAGCGUCACCGAGGAGUCCUGGCUGCCCAACACCAACCAAUACACCAACUCGGCCAUCUUGGCAGCCAUCAACGCUCUGAGCACGGACGGCAUGGCCGACCUGGCCGAAGGCAUACCCGUGAAAGCCCGGCGGACGGGCCUGGAGCACGGCCCCGCCGUCAGCCUCAAGCUGGAGCCCGGCGGAGAGGAGCUGACGUCCGGGGAGCUGGGUCGAGACGAGCGCUCCCCCAACCGCCUUCUCCUGAAGAAGGAGGCUUACUGCGGAGGGUUCCUCGACGUGCCUCAGCACCAGUACUCCUGGUCUAAACCCAAGCAGUACGUCAGCCCGUCCCUGCCGGCCCUCGACUGGCAGCUGCCGUCCAGCUCGGGACCCUACAGCCUACAGAUCGAAGUGCAGCCCAAAUCCCACCACCGGGCCCACUACGAGACCGAAGGCAGCAGGGGGGCGGUGAAGGCUCUGGGCGGAGGACACCCCGUCGUACAGCUGCGCGGCUACGUGUCCGGCGAGCCGCUGACGCUGCAGCUGUUCAUCGGCACGGCGGACGAGCGGCUGCUGCGGCCGCACGCCUUCUACCAGGUGCACCGCAUCACCGGCAAGACCGUGUCGACGCCGAGCCACGAGGCGCUCUGCAACAACAACACCAAAGUGCUGGAGAUUCCGCUGCUGCCCGACAACAACAUGCGAGCCAUGAUCGACUGCGCGGGCAUCCUGAAGCUGCGCAACUCCGACAUUGAGCUGCGCAAGGGCGAGACCGACAUCGGGCGCAAGAACACGCGGGUGCGGAUGGUGUUCCGGGUGCACGUCAACCAGGCCGGCGGCAGGACCGUGUCCCUGCAGGCCGCGUCCAACCCCAUCGAGUGCUCCCAGAGGUCGGCUCAGGAACUGCCCCUGGUGGACAAGCAGAGCGCGGAGAGCAGCGCUGCCCCCGGAGGCCAGACCAUGAAACUGGACGGCCACAACUUCCAGGCCGACUCCAAGGUGGUGUUUGUGGAGAAGGCUCAAGACGGGCAUCACCUUUGGGAGACCGAGGCCAAGGUGGACAGAGACGCCUCCAAGCACAACAUGCUCCUGGUGGAAAUCCCGCCUUACCGCAACCAGCGUCCCUCCGCGCCGGCGCACGUCAACUUUUACGUCUGCAACGGCAAAAGGAAACGGAGUCAGUACCAGCGCUUCACCUACCUGCCUUCCACAGUUCCGACCAUCAAAACGGAGCCGCGGGACGACUACGACGCCCCUCUGGCGUGCGCCCCCCUCGGGCCCGGCCUCUCCGCGCACCCCAAGCCCUACUCGCCCCCUCAGCUGACGUAUACGCAGCAAAGAUCGGCGCCCAAGCCCGACCCGGGGGGCUCCUCCCCGAGCACCAGCCCCAAACUACACGACUUGCCGCCGCCCUUCCCCGCGCCCCACGUCUCCAUCAUCCAGGAGACCCCCGGCCGCUUCCAACCGCCAUCCCGGCCGUCUACGCCCGAAGCGCCUUUCUCACCCGGCGGCAGCCCCGCCGAGGCGCCGGAGAGCGGCGGGCGGGCCUCGGCGCGGGACGACGGCGGCCCCCCGGCGUUGGGCGUCAGCAUCAAGGAGGAACCGCAGGAACUGGACCAGAUGUACCUCGAUGACGUCAACGAGAUCAUCAGGAACGACCUGUCCAGCAUCUCCGUCCACAGCCACGCGUAGGACAACAAGUUGGAACGUGCACGAACGGCAAGGGGAACAAAAUGCGUCGCCAUGACGACCGGGGUCCAACAUCUGCCUUGUUUCUCGGGUCUUUUCCUCCGUUUCCAUUUCAGAAAAAGGACCAAACAUGGUUUCCUCUUAAUCCUGUGCUGCACUUUCAAAAACAGCAUCCAGUGCCUCAAAGUUAUGCCAUGUUUAUACAAAUAGAAAUAUUAGUCCAGAAAAGUGCCUUUCAACAACCAAAUACUUUCGACACUCAUUCAAUUGGUUUUAAAUCAUUUUAAGGAAGCAUUUUCAAAAACGAAGCACUCAAGCUGUGGUAUGACGCUUUCAUGCACUUACUGUACAGUUUUUAAUGUAUUUUUACACAUUUAGGCAAUCUACUAUUCUUAUUCUUACCAAAGAACAAAUCUUCUCAAAACCAGCAAAGCUUGACUUCACGUCGCUGCCAAGACCAAAGAAGCAACGACUAACAGCUGCAAUAUUAGUACAUAGUAAUAUUUUUCAUAUUUAUUUCGCUUGCAUGUGCUCUGUGUACCCAGUUUAUCAUGCAGCCUGUUACUUAUUCAGUUACUUUUAUUUUUAAUUUUUUUUUUUUUUUUUUUUUUACACACACCGCAUUUAUUUAAGAGCCUUAACCCAUCUCAUUGAAGUUCACCAAAGAAUAAUCUUUAGGCCACUUGUUAAUAUAAUACACAUUAUGUUGGAUUAGGAUGUUUAUUUGUCAGUAAAUCAUCCAAACAAAUAGCUGAGGGAAUGUUGCUUGGUUAUAUAUUUGUUCUUUUUUAAAUGUGGACGUGGCAACAAUUUGUUCAAGGCAAUAAAGUGCUUUUUAUACGAA